AAUAAAAAAGCGAGAUCCUUCUUCCCGAGAUAUAGAGAGCAGCCGAUCCAUCGAUCGAGAGAGAGAGGGAUCGGCUAUGGCGACGGAGCGCGAGAAGGAGCGGGAGGCGGAGCUGGAGAGCGCAAUGUACACCAACUGCCUCCUACUAGGGCUGGAUCCGGCGAUCCUCGGCAUGGGCGCUGGCGGCGGCGGCGGCAGCCCCCGCGUCGGUCACUUCCGCCACUCCAACCCCCGGAUGGGCGAGCAGCUCCUCUAUUUCCUCCUCUCCGCUCUCCGGGGCCCAGUCCAAUCCGCCAAGGAUUUCGACAAGGUGUGGCCGAUCUUUGAUUCGGCCCAAUCCCGGGACUUUCGAAAGAUUGUGCAAGGGAUCAUAAGUGAGCUGGAGUCCCAAGGGGCAUUGCCAAGGAGUAAUUCUAGGGUUUCGUCGCUUGCAACUUGUUGUGGGCCGAGAUUUGUUGAGCUUUUGUGGCAACUUUCCGUGCAUGCCUUACGAGAAGUUCAUAAGAGAACAUUUGCUGCUGAUGCAGCUUCUAACCCUCUACCUGCUCCACUAACUGAUGUUUCAUAUUUGCAUGCAGCUGCAUUACUUCCUGUGACCAAGGCUAGAAUAGCUCUCGAGCGAAGGAGAUUUCUGAAAAAUGCAAAUAUUGCUGUUCAUAGGCAAACUAUGUGGUCUAACUUAGCCCAUGAAAUGACCGCCGAGUUUCGUGGCCUUUGUGCUGAAGAGGCCUAUUUGCAGCAAGAGUUAGAAAAGCUACAGGAUAUGAGAAACAGAGCCAAGUCAGAAGGGGAAUUGUGGGAUGAUCGCAUCUCUGGCUCUUCUGGUCAGAAUUCCCAUCUAGUAUCUAAGGCGACUCGCCUUUGGGAAUCAUUAUUAGCUCGCAAGAGUCAACAUGAAGUUUUAGCUUCUGGCCCUAUUGAGGACUUGAUAGCCCAUCGUGAACAUAGGUACCGCAUCUCUGGAACAUCUUUGCUUGCAGCCAUGGAUCUAAGUUCACAUGUUCCUUAUUCAGAUGUGCUAUCAGUUCGCACUGGCGAAAUGUCUCCACCCAUAGAUAAUCGGGAGCAAACGGAUUCGCCUCAGUUUCAAGGGAAAAAUGAAAAUCUUUCUAGGGCAGAUGACAGAAGUGGGAGAGUUCACCCCACUGUUGAUGUAGCCGAAAUUCUUAGACGUUGGACUCAUGCUUUACAACGUAUUCAUAAACAAUCACUUCACUUGGCUAAGGCUAAUGAUGGGGAGGGCCCAGAACUACUUCGUAGUACAUCUGACACCAGUGCAAGUGGUCAUGCUGAGUCAUUGGCUGCAACCCUUGCAGAACAUCGGCAACAUUUAGUUAGCAUACAGGGCCUCAUCAAUCAACUGAAGGAAGCUGUUCCAGCAAUGCAGAAGUCAAUAUCAGAGCUCACCGAAGAAGUAAACAGUAUUUCUUCAACUACAAUGGAUGAGUAUGAUGCUAGAUCAAACUCACCCAUGCAGUCUCAAAGUAUUGGAAGACCACUAAAACAGGAAAAUACCAAUGAUGAAGCUGCAGAGAUGACUUCUAAACUCUCCUUUGUCCAGCUUGAUAAAGUUUCAACUAGCCCGACUCUGAAGCUUCCUCAUUUGUUUAGUUUAACUCCAAAUUCAUCAGGGAAAGGCAUGCAUGCACCAAAACGGCAUGCAUUAACUACACAAUCCAACCAAGAAGGUCUACCAGUAGGGAAAUCAAUUGCACAGCACUUUACAAAAGCUCAAACUGAUGGUGCACCUCAAGAUGGUGAUGGUUAUUAUGCUCGGAACCUUAGGCGUUCUGUUCGUGAAGCUGCAUUGUCAAAGCCGUCAAACAACACAGAAUGGUCCCAAGAUAAAAGCAGUGACGAUGAGUCUGAACACUUUUUCAUACCUCUCUCAACAGACCUUUCUCGAAAAGAAGUAGAUGCCAUUCCGAAUCGAAGAAAACAGCGAUUGGUUUUCUCUCCACCAGAAAUCCGUGUCUCGAGGAAUACAAAAGAUCUCCAUUCUAACACUGAGAGCCAGUUAAAUUCAGUGCCAGUUGUGUCAGAUAAAUUGGAUGGACUUGAUGAUUAUGGAAACCCGACACAACUGGUUCAGCCAGCUCUUGGUAAUGUGCGGAGCACAUUUACUGACAUUGAUGAUGGUCUGGAUCAAGUGUUCUCUCCUCCAUUGCUAAUGGAAUCAUCGUUCUUCCAAGAUACAUACGAGGACUUGCUUGCGCCAUUAUCUGAAACCGAUGCUGCCUUAAUGGAGCUUUAGCGUCCGGGAUGAGUUCGUCGCAGUUGUCUAUUACUUGAUGCUCAGCAGCCAGAUAGAAUGUUCAGAAUUCUUUACAGUCCUCGUGUUUGAGGACCAACACGUCUGUAUAUCCGCCAAGCUUCAGCAUGCGGACUUGUGUGGUGGAAAGGUGAGUGAAGAGUUUAUUCUCUGGAGGCAUGGAAUUGCUUUUGAGUUCAUUGGGGUGGGUGAUGUACUAACAUCGAUGUACGCUAGAGAUGCCCAGCCAUUUCUGUAGUUAAUUUACAGCAGCUGUAAUUGUAUUGUAAUAAGUCAAAGUCCACUUUUCCAAGUGCCUUUUGCCAUC